GACAAAGCACGUUGAUCUGGGAUCCUCUCCAGCCACGCUUUACUGUAUUGCUCAGAUCUUGGAAUCAGCUAUGACAGCAGUUCCUGAACUCACCAGUAACAUGAUGGCUUUCCAGAGUGAGGAGAAUGACCUGUUCUUUGAGGCUGAUAGCCCCAAGAUGAAGCGCUGCUCCAGAGACCUGGAGGUCAGCUGUCUGGAUGAGGGCAUCCAGCUGCAGGUCUCCCAAAAACACUUCAAUAAGAGCUUCAGACAGGUAGUGUCACUCAUCGUGGCUGUGGAGAAACUGAGGCAGAAACCAGUUUCUUGCUCAUGGGCCUUCCAGGAUGAUGACCUGAGAACCUUCCUUUCCUUCAUCUUUGAAGAAGAGCCCAUCAUCUGUGACACAUGGGAUGACGAUGGCUAUGUAUGUGAUGCAGCUGUGAGACAUCUGAACUGCAGACUUCGGGAUGAACAACAAAAAUGCCUCGUGUUGUCUGACCCAUAUGAGCUGAAAGCUCUCCACCUCAAUGGACAGAAUCUAAAUCAAGAAGUGGUAUUCUCCAUGAGCUUCGUGCAAGGAGAAGAUACUAAUGACAAAAUACCUGUGGCCUUGGCCCUCAGGGGAAAGAAUCUGUACCUAUCCUGUGUGAUGAAAGAGGAGAAGCCCACCCUUCAGCUGGAGAGUGUAGACCCCAAGCAAUACCCAAAGAAGAAGAUGGAAAAGCGAUUUGUGUUCAACAAGACAGAAAUCAAAAACAAGGUGGAGUUUGAGUCUGCUCAGUUCCCUAACUGGUACAUCAGCACAUCUCAAGCAGAACAAAGGCCUGUCUUCCUGGGAAAAAAUAGUGGCCAGGAUAUAGUUGACUUCAGUAUGGAAUAUGUAUCUUCUUAGCAAGUCCAUGUGUGUUGAAUCCAGCCUCAAGGAGAAUGAGGUGGUUUUAAGUGGCUAUAGGUUAGAGCUGACUAUUUCUCCCGAGCAACU